UUGACGAUCCAUGCGAUCUCUUGGAGAUGACAGCUGAUGGCUGUCAGACUGAUGGGCAUGCGUGGCGGCGUGCGACUGACGUGAUCUGUCUGCCGGUCCAACAUGGAGCUCUUGACUCGCUAUCUCGAUAGGAGCAAUUCCGUAAGUUCUACCACAACUCAAGACUUAAUCAAGGAGGAGAACCUUAGGGAUGAUCUGCGGUUCUACUUUAUGAGCCCAUGUGAGAAGUACCGGGCCCGAAGGCACGUCCCCUGGAAAUUGGGGGUGCAGAUCCUCAAGAUAAUCAUGAUUACCACACAACUGGUCUUGUUUGGCCUCAACAACCUGCUUGUGGUGUCCUACAAGGAGGAGAAUGCCAUGGCCCUGAAAAACCUGUUCCUGAAGGACUACAGUGGUGUGGAUGAGGAUGACUACUGCAUUGCGGUCUACUCACAACAAAGUGUCUAUGACAGCUUGUUUCAUGUGAUGGAUCAGUACAGCCAGCUGGGCCGGCUCGCUGUGAGUCCCAUCAGUUAUGCUGAGGAUGAAGGUGGUGGCUUGUUGCCUCUGGUCAUCUGCAAGACCCUGUACAGGAGAGGCAGUGUCGAGCCUUCGGAGGAAACCUAUGACAUAGACGCCCAGUUGGAGACGGUUUGCUUAUCGCUUGAUCCAAAGACCGCAUACCAAUGGAAAACCAAUAAUGCGUCCUUUUUUGACCUGGACUUUUACAGGUUGGUGGAUGUGAAAGUAACGUUCACUUUAAAAGGGAUCAACCUGCAAACAGUGCGGUCGCGGGAGAUGCCUGACUGUUACUCAUUUUCUAUCACGAUAACGUUUGAUAACCAAUGUCACAGUGGAAAGGUCAAACUAUUCCUCGACAUCGAUGCACAGAGCAGUGCGUGCAGAGACUGGAAGAUAUCUGGAACAGCUCAGAAAAACACCCACUAUCUCCUGGUGUUCGACGGCUUUGUCAUUGUGGUUUGCCUCACGUCGGCCGUGCUGUGCACCCGCUCCAUAGUGCUGGCCGUUAGGUUACUUCGGAGAUUCUCCAGGUUCCUCCAUGAAAAUUACAACCGAAAAGUAUGUGAGGAUGACCAAGGGGAGUUCCUGAAUGGUUGGUACGUGCUGGUCAUUGUCAGCGACCUCUUGACCAUAGUUGGGUCAAUACUGAAGAUGGAAAUUCAAGCAAAGAGUUUAACCAGCUAUGAUGUGUGCAGUAUAUUUCUGGGAACGUCAACGUUGUUGGUGUGGGUCGGCGUGAUCCGCUAUCUGGGCUACUUCCAGAAAUACAAUGUGCUGAUUUUGACCAUGAAGGCAGCCUUCCCCAAGGUGUUGCGUUUCUGCUGCUGUGCUGGCAUGAUCUACCUUGGCUACACCUUCUGCGGGUGGAUCGUGUUGGGGCCUUACCACGAAAAGUUUGAAGGCCUGAGCCUGGUGGCAGAGUGUCUGUUUUCCUUGCUGAACGGCGACGACAUGUUCACCACCUUUGCCCAGUUGAAGGACAAGAACACGCUGGUUUGGCUCUUCAGUCGGGUUUAUCUCUACUCCUUCAUUUCACUCUUCAUCUACAUGGUGCUAUCGCUCUUCAUCGCCCUCAUCACAGACGCUUACGAGACCAUUAAGAAUUACCAGAAAGAUGGAUUCCCGCUGACAGACCUGCAAAAGUUCCUCAGAGACCAGAAGGAUUUUAUAUCCUCAGAGGAGAACAGACCGCCAGGCCUCUACACCAGCUACUCGUUGUUCUGCUGCUGUGAAAGCAAUCUGGGAAGAGAGCAACGGGAAGAGGACUUCACGCGUCUGACGCAAACUUGUGACAAAUCCUCAUUCAGACUCCUUGAUCGUGUACUGCUGUCAUUCAGGAAGGUACACACAGUGCCAAGUGCAAUUGAAAGACAAUGUGAGCAUGAGACUGAACUAUGACCUCACACAGUAUUUCUUGAAGGUGUGUUUUUUUGUUUUUUUGUUUUUUAACGAUGAUAGUGUCAGCAUGGGUUAUGGCGUGGUGGAGGGGUAAUAAAAUUGUAUAUGAAUACAACAUACAUACAUACAUGCUGGUGCUUUAUAGCAUAACGUGAUAAAAUCAAAUUAGCUAUUUUUUAUUACAUACUAUAAUGAGAUGUUGCCAAGGAAAGAAAAAGCUACCUGUUGUCUUUGUACAUCUGUUCAAAAAUCCAUUGAAGUUUAAUGCACACAAAUAAAAUGCAUUACCAGACUUGAAAUUGGGAAUCAUUUGUGUGAAUAGAAGCAUAUAUUUGGUUUUGUAGAUUACAAUUACACAGGUUGAGCCUCACACAAAAAGCUGCAAAUCAGCCAUAAAUCCCCCUUGCUAAAUUUGACUAGAUUUCCUCAUUUUAAGGAUGCCCUAAAUCUGAUUUGUACAUUGAUUUAGAUGUUGACAAAUUAUUUUAUUUUUUUACAUGUAGCAAAUCCUUAGAACACUUAUUUUAAUACUCUGAACUCCCAUUUCCCAUGUCUGUAUAUUGCACAAAAUACACAGAGGUCAGCCUGCGGUCGACCUCUGUGAAUGUGAUUUUGUUGUUUUUGAUUACGACAGCGACCUCUGCUGGUUCUCAUCAAUUGUUGCAAUCGAGUAGAAGCAUCCAGUAAAACUGUGGAAGCUAUUUUUCCAUGAAUGAUGCCCUUUGACUUUACUGUCUUAGUAGGUUCUCAGUCUACCUUUAUGAUGAUCUCGCUUCAAUUUGCUCACAAAUUUAAGCCAUGAUGACAUUUUAUUGCAUAAAUACAUACGUUUUUUUGCCAUGUAGAAUAACCUUUAAUUGUUUUUCCUCGCUAUAUGUUGCUGCCAUUGAUUUCUUACAAAUUGUGCAAAAUUGUUUAGUUUCCCACCAUACUCCUGGUGAUCCUUCAUGGCACACACCACUGCACCCUGGUGGGGGAACCAUUGUACCAGAACACAAAACAGACCACUUAUACUCUACUUCCAUUUAGCAGGAAAUGAAAGUAGCAUCAGUGGUCGCUAAACUAGUAAUCGUGUCAUGCUUGACUCACCCACAAAGUGUAUAAGUGUAUUUACUGAAGGAAUAAACAGAGGAUGUUGCUGCACUUGGCAUUCCACACGUACUCAGGUUCAGCAUUCUGAAUCCAUAGUUGUCCUGUGCUAGGAUUUUGUUUCUAAAUGCUGUAGGCAGAAAAAUUCUCAUUUCUUAUGAAAGCCUGUCUUUUGCUCCAUAAUUCUUAUCUUUCGUUGUACUGUGUUACCAUGAGUGGGGAGGCAUCGGAUUGAUAUUUGCUAAUUGGUUGAGCAAUAUUGAUUUUUAAAAAUGUAUUUCUUCAAGGAGCGCCAACCAGUUCAGGGUGUCCCCCGCCUACUGCCCGAUGACAGCUGGGAUAGGCUCCAGCAUGCCCGCAACCCCCAGUGGGGGCAAGCGGUACAGAUAAUGGAUGGAUGGAUGGAUGGAUGGAUGGAUAUUCCUUCCAGGAUGUAUCGGUCUUUUAUUUGAUUUUGUAUGUAAUGUGAUCCAAAUGUAAAACUCCAAUCCUGUUUGUUCCUCUCAUUUACUAAAAUGGAUUACAUGCGGUUGUUGUCUUUUA